AUGUCGACCUCCGAAUCCGCUGCUCCAUCUUCAUCUCCUGAAAAUGCGGUGCCGGAGCUGGAUAUCCCUAAACUCCAUGCGCUCCCCUCGGAGCAGCAAGACCUCUACCUGCUCACCUUCACUUCUGACCUAGUCCAGUAUAUUUCCAGUCUCGACGCCGCUCAGGUCUCAUCGCAACAAAAAUCACUGAAGCAGGAAUUAUUCAAGAUCCUGACCCUAUCCUCCCCGACCCUCACGCGAGUCCUCCGCAAUAACCUGGGACGAUGUUUUGGUGCAAUCCUGACAAAAGGGGAUCGAGGGAUCCUCUUCGAGACAAUCACCGAUUUGAUCGGGAUACUGAACGCGGGCAAGAGCGAAGCGGAGCUGAAGACUAAAUUCGCUGCGGCGCAUUGUCUGGGCGAGGUCUUUGCGGCAGCGGGUGAGAGUGCCUUCAUGCAGUCGAACGUGGCUACAGCAAGUAUGCUGAAGCUUCUGAAAUCCGCAAGCAACCAUACUGGCUUACGGGGCGUGAUAUUUUCCGUGUUGCGCAAGAUUGUGAUUGGAAUUGGCGUCCCGAUCGAUGAACAGACUGGCCGUGAUAUUUGGAAACAGGCGCGCAAUGCGGCGACAAGUGACAAAUCGACCUUUGCGCAGGUCCAUGCUUGCCGUUGUAUGGAGCAAUUGAUCAACACGACUCCGUUCUUCGAUAAUGCGAAUGAUUUCGAAAACUUGAAGACUAUCAUGUGGAAGGUCAUUGAUAGCCCGAUUGCGCCGGUGAGACAUGCUGCUGCGGCAUGUCUUGGUCGAGGUCUGGUUAAAUUGCACGCGACAGAAGCGCAUGUUACAGCGGCACCCAAGCCGAAGUCAAAGAAGUCAAAACGCAUGUCUAAGAAGCCUGGUCCGCGACCCGGGGAUGAAGAGGAGGACGAAAUGUCUGAAUCUUCUGCGGUGAAUGCGCCGAAGAAGGACUCGCGCCUCUUUUUCCUUCUCCCAGAUCUUCUGCGCCAACUCUCAACGCAAUAUUUGAAGAGCACAACUACGAACCGCACACGUGCUGGAAUUUGUAUAUGCUACAAAUAUGUCCUUCGGAAUCUUGGAGAUAAGGUUGUCGAUGAGCGCUAUGGACAAAUCGCCUCCAACUUACUACUCGAACUUUUAAACCACCCGACAGUGACAUAUAACCGGUUUCGCCUGCUGAUGACUCGGAAGUUUGUCAAGACUAUCCUCGAGGAUACCAUUGGCCGUGAGCUGCUUCGAGAGAAUAGUCAGCUGAAUGCUGCUAGAUGGCUCAUCAAUGAUGUUCUCAAGGACUACCCGCAAGUCAUUCAGGAGCGCCGGGAGCCGAGCAAGUAUACUCUGACAAGCACAGUCAGUGCACUUUCCUCGUUGAUCUCCUCACUUGGUUCUGCUUUUGGCGUUCAUGCUGAUAGCUGCCGUGACGCCUUACUCCAAGUGCUGCCUCAUCCAAGCUACACUGUUCAGAUCCAUACCGCGCACUGCUUGCGUAGCUUCGUGCUCGCAUGCCCACACCAGCUACUAUCUUGCGUGACAAUUUGUAUGAACAGCCUCAACCGAGAGAUUGGUCAACUUGCCACGCCGCGUCAGGCUCCUCGUCGAUGUGUGGGCUAUGCAAAUGGACUUUCGGCCAUGCUUAGUACUUCGCGCCUGCAGCCUCUCUAUGGUGCAGUUGACGUCUUUGCUCAGGUCUUCACCCAAGCGACGGAUUUACUCAAGAUUAGCAGUACCUCCGAACUGCGCGUUGCAAGCAUCCAGAUCCAGGUAGCCUGGAUCUUGAUUGGAGGGCUGAUGCCCCUCGGGCCAAGCUUUGUUAAGAUUCACCUCUCUCAAUUGAUGUUGCUUUGGAAGAAUGCCUUGCCAAAGCAUCUUAGCAAGGAGAACUCUGCCAAACCAAGCACGCUCGAGAUAAGCUUUUUGGCUCAUGUCCGCGAAUGUGCGCUCAGCUCGUUGCUCGUUUUUAUGGAUUUCAACGGCAAACUCAUCACUGCCGAUGGCGCGAAGCGGAUAGCUGCUAUGCUCCAGAAUACGGUUGAGUUCCUGGAAGAUGUUCCGCGCCCCAAAUCUAUGGAGGAAAUCGCGCAUCGUCUUCAUCCCUCGCUCCAACUGCAUGAUUACACUAUCUUGGUACGCCGCCGGGUUCUCCAAUGUUUCUCGAAAUUGGUACAUGUCCAUCAUCCCAGCCACGGGGAAAUAAUCAAUCAGUCCACUCUUCUGAGUUUGGCCGUCUCUUCGUUCGCAGACCCAGAUGCGCAGUACCGGCCCUUGGAAAGCUCGAUUGCUGGAUCCACUGGUCAAUUUGAUGGGCUGUGGGAUCUUUGCGACAAUUAUGGCUUUGGCGUUACUGGACUCGCUCGUGAAUAUAUCCAUGCAGCCUUGACUGGAUCAAAUGGCAAUGAAAAUGCCCCUGCCUGGUCUGCGAUCGACUCCGCGGAUCAGGAUGUGGAUGAUGCUUUGACUUUCCCAAUCUGCCAAGCAAGUGAGCAUGAUUCAGUGCUCUUGUAUAGCACGAGAGCUGGAGAAAUAGCCGUUGACCCUCCAACUACUGGUGUCGUCAAUUCGGCCAUCGACCUGUUCUCAGUCGCUAUCGCGCUUUAUUCGCCCAAAAUUCAGGAAAGCAGCAUGGAACAGAUUGCUACCUUCCUGACUUCCCAGGGCCUUCAAAGAAACCCCGGGAGAAAGGCCGCCCUGGGUGUCAACAUAUCCGUGGCGCUUUUGCACGUGCUGAAGGUUUCGGUCAAGGAAACUGACUUUGUGGCUGGGAAGUUAAAUCCGUCUACGGACAAGCCCUUGCAGGAGCUUAUUCAGAAAUUCGUUACCGAUGCCGACCCAAUUGUGCGAACCAUUGGCGUUGAGGCAUUGGGUCGUCUCUGCGAUAGUGCCGGCAACACUUGCACCAAUGCACAGGUGAAUUGGCUUGUUGAUACCAUCGUUUCGAACAGAGACCCGCAUGCUCGAGCCGGAUGUGCUGCUGCUUUGGGCUGUAUUCAUUCCCAGAUUGGCGGCAUGGCUGCGGGUCUGCAUCUGAAGACCAUCGUUGGCGUAUUGAUGUCUCUUUGCAACGACCCCCAUCCCGUCGUUCAUUUCUGGGCUCUCGGCGGAUUGGAACGGGUGGCCAACUCGGCUGGCUUGACCUUUUCACCAUACGCAUCUAGCUCUCUGGGCAUGCUUGCGCAGCUUUACAAUGCUGACACCCACAACGAAGAGUCCGCUACUUUGGCCACUUCCAACAUUGAGAUGUCUUUCCUGACGCCUGUGGUAAUUAGCCGAUGCGUUGAUUCUCUGAUCAACGUAUUGGGACCAGACCUGCAGGAUGUUGCCAAAACACGGAAUCUCAUUCUCACACUGCUCCGCCAAUUCCAGCUGGAGGAAAACCCUGCUUUGGUCACGGAAAGCUCCAAAUGCUUGGAUCAUUUCUCUCUUUAUGCUUCUAGCUUUGUUGACUUCUCUGGAUACGUGAAGCGCCUCCAGACCGAACUCCGCGCCAGCGACCAUUUCAUGCGAGAUGUUGCGGUGCGUGGACUCAGCAACUUGAUGAAGAGAGAUGCUGCUUCAGUAGUGGAGACAGCUAGCGAGGGCCUCGAAGACGAUAUCUGGCUUGCGUUCGACGAUGCACCCGAUAGCGGGCCUUUGAAGAAAAUGAUUACCGAAUGGCUGCAGCAAACUGCGCUCACUGAGACUGAACUAUGGAUCCAACGGUGCAAUAAUAUCAUGACAAAGACCCGUAACAAGGUUGAGCCCCCACCAACCACAGCCGUGCAGACCGGUGCUGCGGAUAUCCCUGACGACGAGGUUGCUGGGUUUGCUGCCGGUGCUGGCGAUGUGCAAGUCGACUCUGCAAAUGGCGUUGCAGGGCAGGAGUUGCUUAAAUGGCAGACCCGCAACUUCGCCAUGGGUUGUCUUUCCGAGCUGCUCGCUACUGUCCAAGAAGCAAUCCUGCCAGACCAGGCAAUUCCGGCAGAGCAGGCACUUCAGGCCAAGGUUGGAGAUAUUGUCCGAAUGGCAUUCCUGGCAUCGACUGCCAAUGUCAUUGAACUUCGUGUUUGGGGAUUGAAGAUCAUUGACCAGGUCUUGAAGAUGUUUGGAAAGACUCCUGAUCCGGAUUUCGCCGAGGCCUCGUUGCUGGAGCAAUAUCAGGCUCAGAUUGGAUCCGCGCUUACCCCCGCCUUCGCUGCAGAUUCGUCGGCCGAGCUUGCCUCUGAGGCGAUCAACGUGUCGGCGACUUUCAUUUCUACGGGAAUUGUGACGAAUGUGGAUCGCAUGGGUAGAAUCCUCAAAUUGCUUGUUCUAGGCUUGGAAAACUUCGCAAAGAACCCUGAUACCACUGAGAUUGGAGAUCUGAAGGGCUUGAACUCUAAUGCCCGCGUUAUGGUCAAACUGGCGCUGUUCGCUGCAUGGGCUCGACUGCAGAUUGCAAGCUUUGACCAAGAAUACCUUGCUCAGGUAGUCCAGCCCUACAUUGCUAAGCUCACUCCGUUGUGGCUUUCCUCUCUCCAGGAAUAUGCUCGAUUGCGGUUUGAGCCAGACAUUUCGGGUGCUUUGGGCACGAGCACUUCGAGUAGCAAUUUGGAUGAAGUCUACGCUGCAUUGAAUCGUGAAACUUUGCUCAAGUUUUACCAAGACUCUUGGCUCAACCUUGUUGAUGCUAUUGCUGGCUUAGUCGAGAAGGAUAUUGAUUUUGUUUUCGAUGCUCUUGAUGGAAAGCUGCAACAGCCCGAAGAUGAGAAGGAGGACAAGGAGGGUGAGAAGAAGGACGAAGAAUCGUCUGUCGCCGAGUCGAAGGGCAAGGGAGACGCCAUCAACUACCGUGAAGAACCAGUGGCCUUCUUCUUUGUCUUGUUUGGUCUGGCAUUUGAAUCUCUAGUCGAUCAAAGCACUUCACCCUCGCAGCGUCUGGGAAUCCUGCAGGCCCUCAAGAGAAUCUUGAGACCAAUUAUCUCUGGAAAUGCCAUCUACCAGGAUGCUAUUUUCUCCGAGACUAUGGAUACCUUCGACCGCCUUGUCCUGACGGAAAGUACCCCAAUUCAGACGGUUAUCGUUGAGAUCGCUCAGAAUCUUUCCCUGGACCACCCUGCCGCCAAGAGUGACCAGGAGCGCAGCGAUCAUUUGUCGGAUGAUAUCGAACAGCUUUUCGAGCUCACAAGAAGCAUUAUCCUUGUUCUCGCCGGCAUGCUUCCCAACCUACGUGAAUCGACACCUCUCGCCCGCUUCAACGUAACCUCCGACGAUUCUCUGACUCUCAUUCGCCUGGCCCUCAAAUCACUUGUGGAUGUCGCUUCAGUUUUCCCAUCCAUUAUCCGCAACGACCUCCACGCCUGCAUCCUGCACAUUUUCACGACCAUCUUGGCUACAGGAAUCUGCCAGACCCAGGUUGUUCCCCAAGCACUUCCCAUUUUCCGACAGUUUGUUCACAGCAUCACCCACUCAACCGACAUACCAGAAGAAAUGGACGUCGUUGCGUUCCAACUGCGAGGCUGCCUAACUCGAUUUCUCACCAUUCUCACAAUUGCCCAGCGCCGAGAAUCCGAGACCUCGAUGCCAUGUGCCAAAAAUACUCUUCUGGCCAUCACUUUCCUCCUCACGGCCGGCGGACACGUCCUUCCGCCGCAAGAUCCAGUGAUCAACCGAGUCCUCAAUGAACUCCUCGACUGUCUCCAAGAUGUCGGACUCGCAACCGUGGCCGCGAGCUGCCUACGUUCAAUCAUCCUCAAGCCCAAUCCCCGUUACACAACCGACGACGUGAUCUCCCGCUACCUCUUCCCCCGACUCAUCGCCUUCCUGGUCGGCUGCCCAGACAACGGUGAUAUCCCCAGCGACCCAGAAAAUUCCCGCACAGUCGUCGCACGCACGCUCGUGUCUUGCGUAGCCAACACGACCUUCUCACCGACCGAAUUGCCCACGGCGAUAUCCCUCAUCAUGUCUGCCCUGCUUGCCCGUGCUAAACGCGAAGGCCAAGCCGUGCAUAAGGAAUCGGCGGUCCAUUUGCUCGAACUUGCCAAGGCGGACCAACUCACUUUCAAGGCCCUUGUGGCGAGUAUGAGCCCAGAGCAGAAGGCGCUUUUGGAAGAGGUUCUUCGCAGUGCAGGUAUUGGUGCUGGGACUGCUAAGUCGGAUGAGUCUAUUGAGAAUACUCAGCAGGUGCAGCCUAGUAUUGCUCUUCGGAUGGACUUUUAG